GCAGUCGUACAGGGGUGUACAUACAGCCUUGUAUCAGUUCGGUCGCAUAACCAAACGACCCAAGCUAAGGAACGUCUAAAAUUCGAACCACACCUUGUGCGGUCGCUCCGAGGCGUGUAAUUUACUUUCCGACAUAUUUUUGGUGCAUUAGGAACGUUUCAACCCGCCGUGGAAAGGAAAGCAAUGGAUCUCCGGUGGAAGUCGCUUCGCUUGGCAGUGUGGGGGUGGUUGUUUAUGUCCUUGCAGCUUGUUGGUGGUUCUCCAUUUUUCGGAGUGUCGGUGCAGGGUGGGUUCCAGGCGGAAGCCGAUAUAGCCGUCUCUGCACGUGCCGUGGGAGUGGCGAUACUUUCGACCCAACAGACGAUGGUCACCUUCACGUCAAAGCUACCGUUGAGUACCGUAACCCAUAACGCUACCGCCGGCGCUGUACUGCAGUUGUACAGUCUGUUCGUAACGAACGUAGCAACGCUCUGCGAUCGCAUUAGCUGGGCGGCGAUCAACACGACCAGCACACCGGCCCAAGUUUUCCUGUCCUUGGAGACUGCUUACAACAGUGCUGUGGCUAAUUUACAACAAGGAGGUCCUGCCGCCAUCGCAUCCAUCACCUCCUAUUCGUCCACGAUCGGAGCGCUGGUGGGAAAAUCUGGCGAAAACGUACUGCUCAUCCUGGCCGACAUCUUCAAAAGCUUAUCCACGUUCAGCCGUGCGAUCGACACAUUUACCAGCCCGAUAACAGCGAAAGAAGUAUUUGAAAAGCUGACAAAGUCCCAGAUCGCAACCAUAGUCGGGGCACUGGAUGCGCUUAAGGUCGAGGUGACUGUGGUCGUCGGGAAGCUGAAGGAGGUGGCUACGAUACUGACCGAAUCCGACACGCUCAUCGUUUCCUACAUUGAUAUGAUGUCUCAUUCGUUUUCCAACGUCGAUUUCAGUCUUUCGAGCGUGUAUUCUCGUUUGAGUGGACUAUCGAAUGAAUUCUUGAAGCAAUUUCGUGCCUCAGAUACGACCAUUGCUAAUGAGGUGCUGUCAUUUAACACAAAGAUUAGGUUCUACAAAGAAAACGCGAUUGCCGUAGCAGCCGACAGUAUCAUAGCGAUCACAAGGACUUUUAGUGAGAAGUACAGUGAAGCCUAUACGAUCAUCAAGCCCAACUUCGAGGAAAAGUUAUCGACGAUGGUCAACAGUGCCUCGGAUACGGUAUUGAAUGCGGCCCAGAAUCUACUGUUUACCACCUACCGUGUUCUGGACUCUGUCAUGCGACGCAUUCCGAAUGUGCCUUCCAAGGGGAAAUUCUGCGCUACCGAAUUCAUCAACCCUUACGUACAAUAUCUGUCCUCCAACAUGGCUUCAGCGCUUAGCGGCUGCAUCUCUUCUACCAAUGCCCAGGUGGAAACUGUUCUCCGAACGCAAACGCAAGCAGUCGAGGCACUGGUAAAGGAUCGCCAGGGUUACUUUAAAAUGUGGAAUGAUGCCAUCAAUGGUGUCAGUAAUACCACCGACUUUACCACAAGAAACAUCGCCGUUGUGAAACUAACUGCUCAAACAUCCGCUCAAUUGUUGGAUCCAACAUUCCAACCUGCACUUGCCAGCAUAUUUUCAAUUUUCGCCGAGUUGGUGUCAAAUCUCGAUGCUGUCCUCAAUCGAUCGAAGCUUUGUGUGACGAUCAAAGGUGCAGAGCUGUCCUCACAGUUGAUUACGGCUUCCACCAACUUCAACACCUGUAUGGACAGUUAAAGUUAAACAGUGCAGCAAUUUAGAAACUUCAACCGAAGAUAAUAUUGGAAAUAUUAUACAAUAAACUUUUCUACGUGCGAUGCAAAACUCCA